CUGCUCUUCUCAGCGUGCGACGGCUCGUGGCGACGGCGGCUGCUCUCUCGCCGGCGGCGAGCCUACCGUCUGCGGCUGCCGGCGGCGUCGAGCAUCCUGCGCCGCUCUCUUCCUCCCCCCGCGCCUCCCGCCUCCCUUUCCUUUCUCUCAAUCGCAGAAGGCAGCAUCCGGUCUCGCCUCCCGUCCCCGUGGUGUCGCCGGCGUCGAGCGAGCACUGGGUCGCCGGCCUAGCCUCGGUAAUCAAACCAAAUUUUACCGAAGACCGAAAGACAACCGGAAUUUUGGGUUAGAGCGAGUGCCCUCCUCUAAUAAUAAGAAACGAACUACGUAGCAGUAUCUCUAAAAUAUGGCAAACCCAGGCAUCCUCCUCUCUACUCUUUGCGCCCCAUCAGUACAUGGCCCCGCUGCCGCCACUGGUUUAUGUGCUUUCGCCGCCUCCAGCUUCUACACGAUACGCUUCGCCACCUGGAGCCCCCGCCGUGGAACCAGCCGCGGCCACCCCCACAUCCUUCUCCACUCGCUCGUCACAGCUCCACCACUACGGUGUGUGACUAGUCCUAUUGCUAAUGUGGAAGACUACACUGAAGGUGAAGUUGCACCAGGAUACACAAUGAACCAAAUCUGUGACAAGUUUAUUGAGUUCUUCAUGUACAAGAAACCCCAGACAAAGGACUGGAGGAAAGUAUUGGUGUUUAGAGAGGAGUGGGAAAGAUACAAACCAUACUUUUACAAGCAUUGUCAAGAGCGUAUAGAUAUGGAAAAUGAUUCUUCAAUGAAGCAGAAGUUGGUUGUACUUGCUAGAAAAGUUAAGAAGAUUGACGAUGAAAUAGAGCAGCAAAUGGAACUCUUCACACAGCUCCGAGAGAACCCCACUGAUAUUAAUGCCAUUGUUGCAAGAAGAAGAAAGGAUUUCACUGGAGAGUUCUUCCAACAUCUUAAUUUUCUUGUAAAUGCAUAUAAUGGUCUUGAUGAGCGAGAUGCAAUUGCCAGGCUUGGGGCUAAAUGCCUGUCUGCAAUCCAUGCAUAUGACUGCACAUUGGAGCAGUUGGACCUUGAUUCUGCUCAAUCAAAGUUUGAUGACAUUCUGAAUUCUUCUUCACUGGAUGAUGCAUGUGACAAGAUCAAAAGUUUGGCUAAAAUGAAAGAGCUUGAUUCGUCUUUAAUUCUUCUAAUUAACAGAGCUUGGGCCGCUGCAAAAGACUCUACAACUAUGAAGAAUGAGGUUAAAGAUAUAAUGUAUCAUAUCUAUACAACAACUAAAGAAAGCCUCAAGAGCAUCUCACCUCCAGAGAUGAAGCUUCUGAAGCACCUACUGAAUAUUGAAGAUCCUGAAGAGCGUUUUGGUGCUCUUGCAGCAGCUUUCUCUCCAGGAGAUGGGCAUGAAGUCAAGGAUGAAGAUGCUUUGUACACAACUCCCAAUGAACUCCACAAAUGGACCAAAAUGAUGCUUGAUUCUUACCAUCUCAAUAAGGAAGAGACGGAUUUUAUGGAUGCCAGGAAGAUGAGUGACCCAGUGAUCAUACAGAGGUUAACUUUGCUUAAAGAAACGAUCGAAGAAGAGUACAUGAAAAAGUAUAUACAUCCCGAGGAGCAAGAAUCCGAGGACGACGAAGCUUGAGAAUAGUGAUCCUGUAGGCGUGACCCGAUAUUUAGAUGCAGAGACGAUAUUAUCGUAGAACAUAGCUAGCUGGUGCCCUGCUGCUGCUUCAUAGAUGGACUGAAAUUUCUCGCACUUUGACGUCACCCAAAUAGUAUGCUCUUUCGUUUUCUGGCAGGGUGGUUCUAUUACCA